CAACGACCGGCCCCGCCGCAGCGCCCGCCCCGUCCCCUUCGGCCUCGUCAGCCCGCAGCACGGAGCCGCCCUCAGCGCCCCAAGCGCCUCCCGGCCGCGCAUGCUCGGCGGCCAGGGGCUGGCGGCGGGCGCCAUGGUGUACAUCUCCAACGGACAAGUGCUGGAUAACCAGAGUCGGGCUCCUUGGAGUUUGUCAUCUAUAACAGAUUUCUUCUGGUCAAUAGCAGAUUUUGUGGUUCUGUUUUUCCAGAGCAUUAUUCAACCAGAUUUGAGAAGAAGAGGCUACACAUCCUCCUAUUUAGGACGCAAUGAUGGAAGAGGGCCUCCAGGAAAUCCUCGCCGUAGAAUGGGUCGUAUAAAUCACUGGGGUGGAGGCCCCAAUCCACCACCAAUGGCUGGAGGUGGAUGAGGAAGGUAAACGCCUGCUGUAAGAGGCGGGCAAAUGAGCAUGCACAUUUGCAAGGUGAAAGGGAAGAAGAGUUCAGCGGUGGACCAAAUGAGUUUGAAGUCAUGAAUGUGUAUGCCUAACCAAAAACUGUUCUGCAAUACCAGCAGAUUAAUGAAGUUGUACUGGGAACUCCUUCAAGGAUCUAGUGUAACUGAACUGCAGUUUUAUUAAAUACAUGUUUACUGUCUGUCUAAAGUCUUUGUAUAGCUUCUGAACAUUUUACUGUAGUUGCAAAAUAAGUAAAUUAUUUAUGGCUUGUCA